AGUCAGUCGAGAGCAGGUCUCGCUGCCUGCAACACGUUCGAGAGAAGCGAAAAGUAAACCACUUUGUCAGCCCAGAGAUGAAUUCCACGGGCGCCGUGCUGCUCGUCUUGUGCGCCAUCGCACCCCUCGCCCUCCCCGCCAGGAACAUCCCCAAGUGGAAGAAACAGGCGUGCGAGUUGCCGCAGUCGGCGGACUCGAGCAGCCACUACGUGUGCGACGAGAGCGGCGAGAUGCAGUGCUUGCCCGGAUGGACCGGCGACAUGUGCGACGUGCCCAUCUGCAAGAAGGGUUGCGACCCUCUCCAGGGAUACUGCAGACGCCCUGGCGAGUGCAGAUGCAAAUUAGGUUUCUACGGCGAAAAGUGCGACAAGUGCAUCCCCCUGCCAGGUUGCCAGCACGGCUACUGCAAUUCCAGCUUCGAGUGCAAGUGCCGCGAGGGAUGGGACGGAAUUUUCUGCUCUGAACCCGUGUGCAGGAGUGACUGCCACCCGCAGCGUGGCUACUGCGAGGGCCCUGGCGAGUGCCGCUGCCGCCUGGGCUGGGCCGGAGAGACCUGCCAGGACUGCCAGGUGCUGCCCGGCUGCCAGCACGGCUCCUGCUCCAGACCCCUCGAGUGCCGCUGCAACGAGGGAUGGACCGGGCUCCUCUGCCAAACAGCCAUCUGCUCAGGAACGUGCCACAGAGAGCACGGCUACUGCAAGAAGCCCGGCGAGUGCCGGUGCAAGGUCGGCUGGUGGGGCAACGACUGCGACGAGUGCUACCGCUACCCUGGCUGCGUCCACGGAACCUGCAGCAGGCCCUGGGAGUGCAACUGCGAGGCUGGCUGGGGUGGAAUGCUCUGCGAUCAAGAGUUGACCUACUGCAAGGACAACGGCGAUUUGUGCGAGAACGGCGCCAAGUGCGUGAGUCUGAGCGAGGAGGACGGCAACUACCGCUGCGUGUGCACCGAGGACUUCACAGGGCGCAACUGCGAGGUGCCCAAGCUGCAAAACGCGACUUCGCCGGCCACCACCACCACCACCGCCCCGGCGGCGCCGGCCACCACCACCACGGCCGCUCCCGCCACCGAGAACGAGGCGGCGCCGCCGUCUCGCCGCAAGUCCAAAAUCAUGAAAUGGAACUGAUUAACAUGUACACGACUGUCACCCUCCGAUCGCUCAUUAAUUUAUUUCUUUAUUUAUUUGUAGUAAUUUAUUGAAGCAAUAAAAAUAUACAACGGUUUAGAAUUAUUUUGAUAGGAUAAAUCAUCUGUCCCUCUUGACGACACAAUAAAAUUGAGGUUGACGUGGA